AUGCGGCGAAGACUGGAGCAAUGCGCCGUACAACUUUAUGCGGCAGAAGUUAUCUACGGCCUGUACUGGCCUGUACAGGCCUCCGCUAGUCCGCAGUCCCACCGCUGGCGGCCCUGUACCGGGGCGGGGCGACACCGGAGGUUGUAUGCAGGAAAUUACUCACCUGGACGAAAUUUUCACUUCUCAUAUAAAAGUUAUUCCCCCCACCCUAUUAGUGAAUUGAUAAUUAUGUCUUUCAGACUCGCUACUCGCUUUGCGCGCCCCGCUGCCAACGCUGCUAAACAGACCGUGGCCACCAGAACAUUGACUGUCUUGGCCAGAUCGCCAGCUGUCAGAGCCAUGUUCACCAACAAAUCGUCCAUGUCAAUUGGUGCCAUUCGUGGUGUUAAAACCAUCAAUUUCGGUGGAAUGGACGAGGUUGUUCACGAGCGUGCCGACUGGCCUCGUGAGAGAUUGUUGGAGUACUUCAAGAACGACACCUUGGCUUUGAUUGGUUACGGAUCCCAAGGUUAUGGUCAAGGUUUAAACUUGAGAGACAACGGAUUGAAUGUUAUUAUUGGUGUUAGAAAGGAUGGUGCUUCAUGGAAGGCUGCCAUUGAAGACGGAUGGGUUCCUGGUGAGAACUUGUUUGAGGUCAAUGAGGCUAUUAACAAGGGUACUUAUGUGAUGAACUUGUUGUCUGAUGCUGCUCAAUCUGAGACUUGGUCUUCUAUCAAACCAUUGAUUACCAAGGGUAAGACCUUGUACUUUUCGCACGGUUUCUCUCCUGUUUUCAAGGACUUGACCCAUGUGGAGCCACCUACUGACGUUGACGUUAUUUUGGCUGCUCCAAAGGGUUCUGGUAGAACCGUCAGAUCCUUGUUCAAGGAAGGUAGAGGUAUCAAUUCUUCAUACGCCGUCUGGAACGAUGUUACCGGUAAGGCCGAGGAAAAGGCUAUUGCUUUGGCUGUUGCCAUUGGUUCUGGUUACGUUUACCAAACCACUUUCGAAAGAGAAGUCAACUCCGAUUUGUAUGGAGAAAGAGGAUGUUUGAUGGGAGGUAUCCACGGUAUGUUCUUAGCCCAAUACGAAGUUUUGAGAGAGAACGGCCACACCCCAUCUGAAGCUUUCAACGAGACUGUUGAAGAAGAAUACUCAAUCUUUAUACCCAUUGAUUGGAAAGUACGGUAUGAACAUACAUGUACGAUGCCUGCUCCACCACUGCCAGAAGGU